CUGACUUCCGCUUCCGGGCAGCCGCGGUGUCCUGGCGGAGGGUCGCGGAGCGGGCAGAGGCAACCCUGGAGAAUGAUCUGGAGAAGAAGAGGCCCAGGGGAGACCUUAGUGCUCCCUACAGCUGCCUGAAGGGAAGCUGUGCUGAGGUGGGGGUCAGCCUCUUCUCCCAUGAUAUCGGUACUUCCGAGCAUUUGGAGAACAAGCUGAUGCUCCCUGAGAACUGAAAUUCAUCUUUGGUUGUAGGUAUGGGGCAUGGAGGUGAACAUGGCCAUGGCCAUGGCCGAACAGAACUGCCCGACUACAGGCAGUGGAAGAUAGAGGGUACUCCACUUGAGGAGGUCCAAAGGAGGUUGGCCAAACGGGGUCUCAGGGAUCCAUGGGCUCGUAAUGAAGCCUGGAGGUACAUGGGUGGCUAUGCAAAACCUGCCACUUUAACAGAAGUCUUUACCAGGGGACUCAAGUGGGGAUUUGCAGCUUUUGUCGUUGCUCUUGGCAUUGAGUAUGCCCUGUUUCCCCCGAAGAAGAAUGGAGGACAUCACUGAAGAUCAAAUACAACAGUUCUUUUCAUUACUAAAAUGUACAAAAGCCUGCUGCCCACUGUGCUUAUAAUGCACAUAUUAAAGUCUAUCACAGGUAAAA